GGGGGGGGGAUUUUUUUAGGCAGCCUGCUCGUGGGAAAGGGCCCCAUCCAUCCCUCCUUUCCUGCUCACUGCCCCACUGCAUGCGUCCCCCCCUCACCUUGGGAUGCACGAACCUCAGACCCACAGAUGCUGCCUGGGGCUGGGAUCCUAACCCUAAUCCCGGCCAGACCCCAGAUCCCAAACCUCCUACCCCAAACGUCAGUGCUCCCACCCCCAGAUCCCAAACAUGCCACCCCAAAAUCCCAAAGCUCCCAUCCGAAACCUUACACCCCCAAAUCCCAAACCUCCCACCAAAAAUCCCAAACCUCCCACCCCAAAAUCCCAAAGCUCCCAUCCGAAACCUCGCACCCCCAAAUCCCAAACCCCUCACCCCCAAUCCCACAUCUGCCCCACACCUCCUACCCCCAAACCCAAAACUUCCCACCCAAAUCCCAACCUCCUACCCCCAAAUGCCAAACCUCGCACCCCAAAUCCCAAAUAUCCCACUCUCAAAUCCCAAAUAUCCCACCCAAGACCUCCUACCCCAAAUCCCAAAGCUCCCGUCCCUAACCUCUUACCCCCAAAUCCCAAACCUCCUACCCUCAGAUUCCAAACCUCUCACCCCAAUGCCAAACCUUCUACCCCAAAUUCCAAAUCUCCUGCCCCAAACCUCCCACCCCCAAAUCCCAGAGCUCCCACUCCAAUCCCAAACCUCCCACCCCAAAUCCCAAACCUCCCACCCCACCCUCCCACCCCAAAUCACAGCCCUAGAGGGGUCAGAGAACUCUACAGCUGGAUUCCAAACCCCAAAGCACCAACUCCAGCUCCCAGAGCUCCCACCCCAAUCCCAAACCUCCCACCCCAAUCCCAAACCUCCCACCCCAAAUCCCAAACCUCCCACCCCAAAUCACAGCCCUAGAGGGGUCAGAGGAGACCUCUACAGCUGGAUUCCAAACCCCAAAGCUCCAACUGCAGCUCCCAGAGCUCCCACCCCAAUCCCAAACCUCCCACCCCAAAUCCCAAACCUCCCACCCCAAAUCACAGCCCUAGAGGGGUCAGAGGAGACCUCUACAGCUGGAUUCCAAACCCCAAAGCUCCAACUGCAGCUCCCAGAGCUCCCACCCCAAGCCCUCUUUGCGGGACCCCCCCCCACCCCCUCCCUGGGGUUUAUCAUUGCUCUGCAUCUGUUUCCACGCCACUGGAACCCCCCCAGGUGCCAGCAUUGGGGACCCUACCCCACGUUUCACCCCAUACCCCCCCUCCCGGAUCAGGAUCCCCCCCCCCCCAGCCCCCCUAUUGCAGGGACAGCCCCGUGCCACAACGCGUCCCCCCCCCAGCCCCUCACUGGGGCCACUGCCACUAUUUAUUGUGCCGCCCUGAGAGCAGAGCCCGGGGACAGCCCUAUGCCCCAACCUAAGGGGGUGAGGAGGGGAGGAGGUGGAGGGGGGGGGGGGGUCUGAGCUGCCCCCCUCCCCCAUUUUGGGGUCAGGCCGGUGGGCGGUGUGGUACUUCUCUUUUGUAAAGUGGUUUCUUUGUACUGGUCAUUGACACCCCCGCUUCUUCGGUUCCUCCACCAUCUCUGUGACGUUUCUGUGUCCUGUCAAAUAAAUUAUUCUAGUUUAUUAA